AACCACAAUUUUAGUUUAAAACAAGUUAUUGCGACGUACAACAUAACAUUUAGUCAAUUCAAUUAGUUAGACACGCGCGUAGUUAAACGACAAGAUCAUGUACAACCCGGGCUAUCAAGUGGAUGUCAUCGAUCCCUACUAUCCACCGCCAGUGGAGGUUGUCGAAGUCAUCCAGCAACCAGCCUACACACAACCAGCCGUAGUCGUCACACAGCCCCAAACGAUCUAUGUGGAGGAGAACAAUGGUCCAACAAGAGAGCAAAUGGAAUGCUGCCUGCUGCUUACCGCCUGCUGUAUAGCGGAAGAGGGCGGCUGUGUAAUAUCAUAACAUGUCAUUCCUUUUGAAA